AUGACCCAGGAUUUACCCCCCAGUGGUGGAUACAGCGAAGUACGAUACCGCCGUUAUCUUCCAAAGAGAGGCCCCUCCGGUCUCGUCGUUGUUGGUGGCGUUGCUGCCGUCAUGGCCUUUGGAUUCUACCGAGUUGCCCAAGGCAACUUGGAACGACGAGAAUUAAAGCGUGAAAACUUGUGGUCGCGCAUUCACCUCAUUCCCUUGUUGACUGCCGAAGCCGAUCGUGACAUGCACCGCCGUACUGUUGCCGCAAACGAGCGCGAAGCCGAGAUCAUGAAGGACGUCAAGGACUGGAAGGCUGGCGAGUCUGUUUACAACAACACCAAAUAUUUUACCCCUCCCAGCUACGUCGCUGUUCCCGAAAGCAACUAGUUCUUCUCUCGUUUUUCCAGUUAAUAGACUCCAUCCAAAAAAAGAAAAACAUGGAUUUUUUUUUU